AUGUGGUCGGUUGGUGGUCUUGCACCUAAUGCAAUCGCUACCGAUGAUGGACAGGGGCAUCUCGUCAGACGUGGGACCAACGCUCGCGUGUUUCCCACCCUCUUCCAGGAAAGUCUUGUCAGCACGUCAGUCGAGAAGGAGAAGCAUGAAGGCCGCAUCGCUUCGGCUCUCAACAUUGACCAGGUACGAAAGAUCCUCGAGUUCGCACGGGCUCAGCAAAUCCCCCGAAGCCUUAAACAGCACGGUCUUCAUGCGGACUUUAGUCACACAAGUUGGAACGGAUAUCAGUGGGCAAACAAAGAGCAGUGGUCAAUUCCUCUUAGGCCAGCGAAGAGGCGUCUGCUACCGGCUGCUCCAUUCAGGUUGUUGACGUCGGUUGCUUUCUCAUCAACUCCUGGAGGCAAAGCUGUGCUUGGGAUUGGACACUCCAACGGGAGUGUGCUUUUCCAAUCUCUCUUUGACACACUACCACGAUUCGAGAUUCGCCAGGCCUUUCCCAUCUCCUGUGUGAGCUGGCGCCCAGUUUGUACUUUGCGACCUUCCAAAAACCCCAUGAAUCUAGGGGUCGAGGUUCUGACCGAGGACUUGGUAGUUGGGGAUGAGAUGGGCAAUAUCUACUACUACGUUGUGGAAUGGCCGAUAGGCUGGGAAGUCACGCGGGACACUUGGCCCGGUGCAGUAUCGUUAGUAGCCAAGAUCAGCAAUAUUCACUGUCAGCAAGUAUGCGGUCUUGCAUGGUCAUAUGAUGGUCGGCUAUUCGCUUCUGGUGGAAACGACAAUCUCUGCUGUCUUUUCGAUGCUGAUCAAGUCUCUGGACGGCGAACUGAGCAAGCCACUGGGGUAAGUGGUUACCGAGGGCGUAUAGAGGCGGGCAGCGCUUAUGGUGGCAUUGAGACAAGAGUUACGCGGCUGUUGAGCGUCGAUGAGGACGAGGACAUGCCCGUGGGGGCGUUCAGGGCACAGCUACAGCCAGUUCCAACUGGAACUGACACCGUUCGGUAUCUUGGCCCUGCUAUCGCGAAGCAUCAUUGGAACCACGAUGCUGCUGUGAAAGCCAUUGCAUUUUGCCCCUGGAGGCGAGAGUUGGUGGCAACAGGAGGUGGCUCCAACGACAAGUGCAUUCACUUCUUCCAUACGCCAUCCGGAGCAGCUCUUGCAACGAUAUCAGUGUCAGCCCAGGUAACCUCGCUCAUCUGGAACACAACGCGCAGAGAGAUUGCCGCCACAUUCGGGUACGCUUCACCGGAACACCCCUAUCGUGUGAGCGUUUUCAGCUGGCCGGAGUGCAAACAGGUUGCAGCAAUUCCUUGGGAGGACGACCUGCGGGCCUUGUAUGCCAUUUCAUACCCUCGAGGACCGACCUCUGAUGACCCAACCGCACCAGCAGGAGGCAAGGAAGGGUGCAUUAUUGUUGCAUCGAGUGACAAGAGCAUAAAGUUUCAUGAAGUAUGGUCGCGAGAACGAGGCGUGACCGUGGGCGCCACGGGUAUUCUAGCAGGAAGCGAUAUCCUGGAGGGGCUUGAAGGCAUUGACAAAGAAGGAGACGUAAUCCGAUGA